AUGACAAUACUACCCUUAAAUUAUAUUGUUUUAAUUAUUAAUUCGGUUACCCGUCGUAACCUCCUCCUCUUCACCACAAUCGCCACCGUAUCCCCUUCCCCUCAGAUUCCUUCCCCAGACGUAACAAUCACCGAUCGUGUCUUCCUCGAUUUCUCCCUAUGUCCCACUUACUUCCGCUCCGAUCCCUCCGCCACACUCUCCUCCACCACACCUUGCUCCUCCGACGCCAUUCCUAGUGGCCGCGUCGUUCUCGGACUAUACGGCCGUCAUGUUCCCCUCACUGUCUCCACUUUCAAACUCAUGUGCACUUCCCCUUCUACCUCUUACAAAAACACUCCCAUCCACAAAAUCUUCCCCGGCCAGUUUUUCCUCGCCGGAAGACAGAGACUACAGCGAGACACGACGGAGGUUGGUCCUCUCCUGAAGAAUUUGCCUCGAAACACCGAUGUUGUUAAUUCCAAGUCUUUCCUUAUCCCUCAUGCUCGUCCUGGACUAGUCUCUCUCUGCUUAUCUGAAAACGACGAUGAUGAUGAAACCAGACUCGAUCAUGAGUACAGGAUUGUCGAGUUCUUGAUCACUACAGGACCUGGUCCUUGUCCGCAGCUUGAUGGUGGCAACAUUGUCUUUGGAACUGUGCUUGAAGGGUUAGAUGUGGUGACGAGUAUAGCUGCAGUGCCACCGUUUAAGCCGUCAGAGAAUAUUCGACAGUUCAACGAUUUUGCAGAGUUUCUGGGAGAUGAAAGAUCUCAGAACGCAAGAUCAUUGUGGAACAUACCUCUCAAGACUGUUUUCAUUAGUGACUGUGGUGAGCUUAAGGUCACUAAGCCUUCUCUCUCUCCAUCUCUGCCUUGA